CCAAGGGCAGUCUCUCUGCACAUGCACCCUUCAAGAUUUAUCGACGCUCAUGAAGCGCCAGGAUCUGAGUCGAGAUUGAGGCAUGCUCUAUGCGCGCGGCUCCUGAAGGAGAAGGUGGCUAUGCAGAUUCGGUUCCACCCGUAUCAAUCAUCCCGCCGCGUCACUUCUCCUUAUUGGGCACAGCAGGUUCACAGCUUGUCAGCGCACCACAACCACCCACCAAGCCGUCUUAUAAACAACCGACUAUGUUCACUGUAAAGGCGGAGUAUGCAGGGGAAACUCGCAAGAUCCUCUUUCCUUAUUUCCCAUCAUGGGGAGCGUUGAUCGAGCAGGCGAGUGCCUCAGCCCCGUGUGUGCUGUACGCACCUUCUGAUGCCUUUCUCUUUCUCCUUUCUCAGGUCUACAAAGUGUUCCGAGUGGACCAGUAUUACUUAUCAAACCUACUCCUUAGUUCGGAAACCCAGGGUGAGGACAAGAUCCUUAUAGCGACGGAGAUCCAUACGCCCGUGGAGUAUAUCCAGCAUGUCUCUCCAUUCAUGAAAAAUUAUGGUCAUGACGGCGUUCUGAGGUUCAGCGUGCAAGACAAGGUGCAUCGAAAAGAACCUUCUAGCAGCAGCAGCCGCAGCGCGCGCAGCCAAGCACCCAUGGAGGUGGACGACAGGGGAGAGCCUUUUAACCGCACCCCUCGAUUUUCCCUUAGCAUGAAACGUCGUCUGCAUCCCCAUUACCCGCCGAGGGGACCACGUCACAGAUACUAUACUGGGGAUGACUCGACCUACAGUGAUCGCUCCUCCCGCAGCAGGGUUUUCGGGAGGCAUAAAUCACUCUUCCCUCAUCUCCCGCACAUCCAUCCCCGCAUGCAGAGCGAGGAAGUGCGAAACUCAAUGCCCAUUGAUGAGGACGAGAGUAUGCUAGAGGGCGAAACCCAGCGCCGUUGGAAAACCAUUGAAGAGCUCGAGAGGAUUUGGUCGGAUCCGCCUAAUCGCAGUCGCAGUCCCUAUCAAGGCAUAUUGAACCUGUCGUCUCCUUCGACCCACAACCCCAGCUCAGAAUCUUCCGCCAGCGAGGAGGUCUCUCAACUCAUUCAAUCAUUCGUCUCUGAGAUCAAUGACGUUUUGGCUAAGCAUGGGAUGGGCGAACAUUCUCUUUCUGUCACUGGCGAGUCUGACGCCGCUCGGUCAGCGACCACCCCCGUGGUUGCACCGAAGGUUGAGGACAAAUUUCUCCACCCUGGAUACCACUGCGAUUAUUGUCUGAGUACCAUUCGUGGUACCAGGUUCAAGGCAAGUGGCUUUCCCGCCUCAUCAUCUUGCACCAACUGUCAUGACUUUGACUUGUGCGAAAAUUGUGUCAAGGUCCACUUCGCAAAGUUGGAUCACGAUCCAUAUCAUCAUUUCAUGGAAAUUCCGGCUCCUGGCACUGAGACCCCUAUACCCAGCACGCCUGUGGUUCCGGCUCCCGAAGAACCUGCACGUCAUGCAGCGAGCUGUGAUCUCUGCAACGCGACUAUCUAUGGGGUCAGGCACAAAUGCCGCAAUUGCCUAGAUUAUGACAUGUGUUCCGAAUGCUUCGAAAAUCAUCGAGGCGAGCACAGUUUUGAACAUGAAUUUGGGUCAUAUGCAACCCCUGAAGAAGUUGUCCUGCUUCAUUAUCCCAUCGAGGCCCCUGUGCCCUCGCCGCCUGCUGUGCAGCCAUCGGCCAACUACCUGCUCACCCCGAAUAUUCAGCAUGAACCAGUCCAUGCGGCCACUUGCGACAAAUGCUUUGGCACUGUUGUUGGGAUUCGCCACAAAUGUCUUGACUGCGAAGACUAUGACCUAUGCAAUGAGUGCUUCCCCGGAAACUCUCUUCUCCACUUCAACGGUACUCAUCGUUUCUUGCACUUGGAUGAGCCCAAGCGGAUUGUCGUCACCCGAGUCUACGAUGAUGAUCCUUCUCCUGUCAACGAAGAAGGGCAGAGCGCGACACUCCCCGAGGAUAGCCAUGUUCAGCAUAACGCAAGAUGCGACUUUUGCGGGCGCAUUAUUCUUGGAUUCAGGCACAAAUGUCUUGAUUGUGAAGACUUUGAUCUUUGUAAUUCUUGCAAGACCAACGCUAGGGAGGCACACGACAUGAGUCAUACUUUUGUGAAGUUCAAUACCCCAGGUGAAGUCGUCGUUUAUCGAAGGCCGGAACCUGCAGCGACCACCGUUCCUCCAUUAUCAGCUCCACCAGUCCCGCCAGCUCCAUCAGAUCAACCUCAAGAUCCUACUGUUGUUCAUAAUGCCAUGUGCGACCUUUGUGACUCGCGCGUUGUUGGUGACCGUUACAAAUGUACCAGAUGCCCAGAUUUCGAUGUGUGCCGGGCAUGCUUCCCUCUUUCGCCCGAGGAACAUCCGUAUCAUGCAUUUGUGAAGGUAUCCAGACCUGAGCAAAUUAUGACGCCUAUUGUCGAGCAAUAUACAACGGUGCACCCCGCUAAUUGCGAUGUAUGCCACAAUCAUAUUAUUGGCAUCCGUUUCAAGUGUCUUCAUCCGGAUUGCCCAGAUUUCGAUCUUUGCCAGCAUUGCGAGGCUCUUCCUAUUUCCGUUCACCCCACAAAUCAUCCGCUUGCCAAGUUCAAGGAUGAUUACACCAUUAACGAGUCUAGGUUCGAGCGUGUGUUUGAGUUCAUACGAACGACUGCCUUGAAGGACACGGUGGACACGAUGAUACCAUCUGGUCCUUCCCCUCUUCUACCUCCAUUGUUAGCGCUUGGUAUCGAAUCUCCUCCCUUGCCUUCAUUGCCAGCACUCGGUAUCGAUGGGCUCAUUCCACGAGCGGAGUCGCCUCAGGAAGAGGGACUACUCUUUCCUAGGGUGCCCCAGGUUGAACGACUACUACUCCUGGAGGAAACUGAAGAGAUGAAAAUGCGUGACGGAGCUACCGGCAUCACCGUUGUUCGAUCGCCUCACGAGACGCCCGAAACUGAAAACCCUUUUGCUGAUCCCAUCUUGGAGACAGAGAGAACAACAACUGUGGAAGUUACCGCUCCUCAGAUUAUGACAUAUGAAGAAACAGGUCUAGAUUCUCCUGCACGGGUGAUGACACCGAUCUUGGGCGGCAAGCCCCUGAGCCCUCGUUCCAUCAGCCUUCAAGCCUCCUACAUCGCUGAUAACAACGUUGACGAUGGUCAUGUCUUUCCUCCUGGUGCAGAGUUUGUCAAGUCCUGGCUCAUGAGCAACCCUGGUGCCGUCCCAUGGCCGGAGACCACCCAGUUAGUCUUUGUCGGUGGCGACCGCCUCUCAUCUGGGGAUGUUGCUAACAACGCGUACCAUGUUGGUCGAGUGGAGCCUGGUGCUGAAGUUGAUGUACAUGCUCACGACAUGAAGGCUCCGGAAGAGCCUGGCAGAUAUGUGAGCCACUGGAGGCUUAGCGACGGUGAAGGCAAACUCUUCGGCGAUCAGUUGUGGUGCGACAUCAAUGUGGAGCAAAUUCACAGCUCUCUUCCAUCUUCAAUGUCAUCCUCGUCUGUGAUUCGAAUGCCUAGCGCUGCUCCGCAGGACGAAGUACCAGCCAAUCAAACUGAGGAGCGCUACCCAACCCCGAACGAGGUCCGCUCUCCUGGCACGCUCUUGUCCUCCGUCGGAACAGCUACGAUCUCCAGUGCGUCCGGGCUCAGUGACAGUGGAGAUAGCGAUUGGGAAGAUGCUAGAGCUAUGCCUGCGCCACGGAGGCGUGAUUCUAAUGAGUUUAUAUUCGUUGAUGAGGACGAUGCCGAUGGGGAUGGUCAUUGAUUCGUUUGUACACUACUGAACGACUUUUUCUCUUUUUUUUUUUUGCAUUGGGUCAACUUCCACCAUUCCCCCACUCAUUGAUCCCAGUCUUGAGCUUGGACUGACUUCAAGAAAAACAGAUUCUAUCUUUGGCUUGGUUUUCUCUUGUCUGCCUGUAAUAUAUGGUUUCUGAAUCAUGGAUGUUUGAUGAA